AUGGGCGAGCGCCGAAAACUAGGAGAUGUCGCUCUGGACAUUGUCCUGUUCGCUGGCAUGAUGACAGCUGGUCUCUAUGUUGCUCGCACGUUUCUGAACCCUAUCUUGAGCAACCUGGUAGACCCCGACAAAGAGAAGCACGAACAGGCGAAGCGACAGGCGAAAGCUCAUCUCGACCGGCUAAGCCGGAGGCGCCAUAUCGAUGGCAUUGGCGACAAUGGGGCCGAUGGGGCCCGAGGCGGCUCGCGGGUCGAGGAGCUGGUGCUGAAUGAAUAUGAGAACCUGAUAGCCCUUGAAAUGGUCGCGCCCGAUGACAUUCACGUCGGCUUUGAUGAUAUCGGAGGCCUGGACAGAAUUAUCGAAGAACUUAAAGAAUCCGUCAUAUACCCAUUAACGAUGCCGCAUCUCUAUCAACAUGCCGCUUCGCUGUUGUCCGCGCCAUCCGGUGUUCUGCUGUACGGCCCGCCUGGCUGCGGCAAGACAAUGCUGGCAAAGGCUUUGGCCAAGGAGAGCGGCGCAUCGUUUAUCAAUCUCCAUAUAUCCACACUUACGGAGAAGUGGUAUGGCGAUUCCAACAAGAUUGUUCGGGCCGUCUUCUCGCUGGCUCGCAAGAUGCAGCCUGCCAUUGUCUUCAUCGACGAGAUUGAUGCCGUUCUGGGCACGCGGAGGAGCGGUGAGCACGAGGCCAGCGGCAUGGUCAAAGCCGAGUUCAUGACUCUGUGGGACGGAUUGACGUCGAGCAACUCUUCCGGCGUCCCAGCGCAGAUCGUCGUCCUAGGCGCUACCAAUCGUAUCCACGACAUCGACGAAGCCAUUCUCCGACGAAUGCCCAAGAAAUUUCCCAUCACGCUGCCGAGCCUCGAGCAGAGACGACGUAUCCUGCAGCUGAUCCUCAAGGACGCCAAGGUGGAUGCCGAGCACUUUGACCUGGACCACGUCGCCAAGAUCACGGCCGGCAUGUCGGGGAGCGACAUCAAGGAGGCUUGCCGCGACGCUGCCAUGGCGCCUGUGCGAGAGUACAUGCGGCAACAUGGCCGCGACGGCUCCAAGAGGCCGGUCGACCCAGCACAGUUCCGUGGAAUCAGGACGGAUGACUUCCUCAAACACCCAGGCGACCAAUAUCUGCUCGAAGUGCUACAGCAGCGCCAGAAGGGGUCUGGUCAAGCACCGGCGAACGAUGCGUACGCGGACAUUGAUGAAACGUUUAUCGAGCCCCAAGAUUAG